AUGAAGGACGAGGUGGCUCUUCUGGCCACGGUUACCCUCCUGGGGGUUCUACUGCAAGCCUACUUCUCCCUGCAGGUGAUCGCGGCGCGCAGGGCCUUCCGCGUGUCGCCGCCGCUCACCACCGGCCCGCCCGAGUUCGAGCGCGUCUUCCGAGCGCAGGUGAACUGCAGCGAGUACUUCCCGCUGUUCCUGGCCGCGCUCUGGGUGGCCGGCGUCUUCUGCCACGAAGGUGCGGCGGCCGCGUGCGGCCUGGUCUACCUGUUCGCGCGCCUCCGCUACUUCCAGGGCUACGCGCGCUCCGCGCAGCAGAGGCUGGCCCCGCUGUACACGAGCGCGCGCGCGCUCUGGCUGCUGGUGGCGCUGGCGGCGCUGGGCCUGCUCGCCCACUUCCUGCCCGCCUCGCUGCGCGCCGCGCUCCGGGGGCGGCUCGGGACGCUGCUGCCCUGGGCCUGA